AUGAAUACAAAUACCAGCUCUAAAGAAUUCACGUGGAAAUUGUUGAAAGCAAAUUUAUUAUUCCUUCUCAAAUAUGGACUUAUGUAUGCCAAUAAUCCAAACCAAAGGACUGUUUUGAUGAUGAUCAUUAAGAAAUUGAUGUCUAACUUAUCUUUUCUCUUCAACAAUAUCAAUGAAUCAGGAUCUCAAUCAGAACCUAUACCAAAUACAAUCGAUACUUGGAAUAAUCCAAUCAAUACUAUCAUUUUCUUAUUUUCUCAAUAUCCUAAUAAUGUUCCUAAUUGGGAUAUGGUAGCUUCAAGUAAUCAAAUUAACGAAAUAUUUCGUUACGCUAUUGAUUCAAAUAUUCCUUAUGAUCAAUUACUAAAUUUUGUAAGAUCAUCUCCAAUCUACAAUGAGUUAUUACUUACAUUUACAGAGAUUAUCGUGGAAGAUCUAUUAAAAUUACAAGCCAAAAGGCAUGCCGUUACAAAAAUCCAUAAAAUUGUUCAUGAACAUUUGUACAUUACUACUACUGCUUUAAUCGUUUCCAAUUUGUCUUCUCAACAAAUGAUUACGGACGACACGAUAUUCGCAUCAAUAAAUGCUUGGAUAAAUUACAUCUCAUCCAUCCGUCAUAUAUCUUCCGAUGGUACUAUGGAUCUGACAGAAAUUUUCCAAAAAUUACUUGACCUUAUGUACCAUUCAUCUGAACAUACUGACAAAUACCUUAUCGCUGAGAAAGUUUUAACCAUUUUCGCUAAUGUGUUCGCUAAUGAUCCAUUAUUAAUGAGUUUUCCAUUACGUGAACAGGUGGAAGCCUUAUUCUUAGGUAUUUCAAGAUCAGGAAAUGGUGAUAUAGCACAGAACAAAUGGAUGUUACAAUACAUGAAUUAUUUGGUUACCAAUGAAAUGACAUCUGAAUUGAAAGAUUUGACUGUUUGUAUUGUUGAUUUCUUACAAAUUAAUACCUUAGAUGUUUGUAAUAAAUUAUUUACAACUAUUUCAACUGAUAAAUUCAGUGAGUCUGUUUCUGAACAAUACAUUAAAGUCCUUCUUCAAAUGACUAAUUUCCCAUUAGUACCUGUGUUACAAGAAUUUUUCUCUGUGAGAAUGGUAGAUUUUUGGUUAGAACUUGCAGAAUGUUAUUCUACAUUAUCUAAUGAUACUUUGAAAUCAAAUGCAAAUGAGAUUUCCACUGAUAUUUUCCAACAGGUUAUUAAUAUAUACUUACCUAAAAUAUCACUGUUAAACGAACAAAAGAUUCUUCAAGAAGAUAAUGAUUCAUCUUCCCUACACGAAUUCGAUGAUUUCAGAAAAGCUGUAGCUGAUCUAACGCAGACAUUAUGGAUGAUUUUGGGGCAUGCUAAUUUAACGAAUGUUUUAAUUAUAGGUAUCGGUAGUGCGGAUGCAUCGACUUCAGACAAUAUUGGAAAUCUUUACCAAAUUGAAUCAAUGUCUUAUUUGUUAGGUGUCUUACUAGCAGAUGGCUCUGACUCCGUUAGUCCAUGGAUUUGUAAUGUCCUUAAACAAAACAGUUUUACAAUUGAAAAUAAUUUGCUACUUUUCAGACAUAGCAUGACAAAACUUAAUACAAAUAUCAAUACGUUAGAUAGUACGUUAAGUUUGACCUUUGCAAGAACUAGUUGUGCAUUAAUUGGUAGAUUGGCAGGAUAUUUCACAUCCGAACCAGCAAAAUUAAGUACAUGUUUAGAGGCUCUUUUCCAAGGGUUAGAAACUUGUACUGUAACUUCUGGCUCCCCUAUCAAUGGCAAAUUGGAAACCAUUAUCGUUAAAACGAUUGUUCAACUCUGUGAAACAUGCCGUCAACAAUUAUCUUCAUUUUUGGAACAUUUUUUCAACGUUCUAAUGUCAGUUAUGAGACCAAAUUCAAAUGUUUCCAACUUUACUAGAUCUAAUCUUGUCAAAUCAGUUGGUUAUAUUAUCCAAUGUCGUGUUGAGAAUGGUGCCCAAGAACAAGGUAAGUAUAUUCUUCAACUGAUUGAUAUGAUAGGUUCACUUAUUGAAAAUAACUUAAAUUCACCAGUUCUUCCAUCUGAACAACAAUAUGAUUACAUGCAUUGUUUACUAGACUGUAUCCUUGAAUUAGGAUCAUCAAUGCUUCAAUCUGAUGAUAGUGAAAAUACACAGCUAUUACAAAGACUUCCGGAAUUUCAACAAUUUUGGCAAAACGACCCAUUUUAUAUCCGUAAUAAGAUUAUGGCAAUGAUUGAAAAAGCCCUUGCUGCCCCUGAAUUUAAUAAUAGAUCUGGUAUAAUAGAAGUUAGUUGUUUAAUUUUGGGAAGAACACUAACAGUACCAGAUGAUGAACCACAUUUCUUAAGAUAUUCAAUGCAAGAAAUCAUUAAUUUCAUAUUGGCACAUAUCGGAACUUGUGAAUUGACGAUAUCAUUACCUUAUUUUGUUUAUCUAUUAGAAAAAUUAUUCAAACAUUUUAAAGAUAUUUUAACUUCAGAAGAUUUUGAUUUUUUAUUUGAAAAAAUUAUUUUACCUGGUUACACACAAUACAUAUCUAGAGAUCCAGAUUUAUUACAAACUACAAUUAAUUUACUUAAUACAAUUCUAGAUUGCAAACCAUCGUUAGUGAUCUUCUCUAAACAUUGGACAACUUUUAUAUUCCCAGAAUUACUUAAAUUAUUGUCAGCAAAAGAAAGAUUUACCACUAUUGCAGUUGGCAAAUUCUGGACAAAAGUCAUUAAUAAUAAAAAGUACACUCAGCAAGAUUUACAAGUUUCUAGGCAACAGAUUGGUGCUAUUGGACAAGAUUUAGUUUAUCAAACAAUGAAUGGUUUGUAUCAUACUCAAAGAUCAGACUUAAAUUGUUACACAGAUUUGAUUAGAACGUUAGUAGCCAAAUUUCCGAUGGAUUGUAAAGGUUGGUUAAUUGUUGCAUUGCCUCAAGUAUGCAAUAAACCUGAAAUUCAUGAAAGAUUCAUAAAUAAGUUACUUGUCACAAGAGGCAAUAGAGCUGCCAGCAGCGUUAUCCUUAAUUGGUGGUUAGAAUGUACCUCCCUACCGGGCUACUAA